AUGACUUGGGACAUGACAUUGGAAGAGCUGGCAGAGAAACAGUACAAAGAGCUGCAGAACGGGCGCCUGGCGAUGUUGGCCUUUGCAGGUAUGGCAACGCAAUACCUUGUCACGGGCCAUGCAGUGGGAUUCGCAGACGACAAGCAACCUUUCAGCUUCAUCCAGGGGGUGGACGAAGUGGUGAACACCAACGACAUGAUUUUGACAUUUGCUGGUAUGGCCAUGGCAAUUGACGGUGUUCGUCGCCUUUCCUUUCCGGACCGGUCCAUUGCUGGACGAGCACUGAAUCUGGCAAAUCUAAACAUCGGCGUUCAGGACGCAGCUGGUCAGGAAAGAGAAUGGAUGGCUUGGAAAACCCAUUCCAGCCUUCAGAUCCUUCAGCGCUUUCAGGCUGUCAUGGCGAGUUUGUUUCCUCAAGUUCUCAUAGGUGAAUUUCUGAGCGCUUAUGAUGCCAUAGCAUCAUCCACGCUGUCCUCUGAUGCGCAAAGCGUCAUGGGAAGCGACGCCAAGGAGGCCCUGGUUCCCUCCAAAAGCGCGAAGGCCUCGCAGCCCAGGCUGGCUGUGGAGGAAGACUCCAAACCGUCUGCCUCAGCUCCUUCGAGUCCGGCACAAAGCCCCAGCCCCAAAGCCAAGGUGAAACAGAAGCCGUUGCCCAGCACGGUAUCCACCACCAUGGCAUGGGGAAACAGUGGAACCAAGGGCUGCAACAAGUGGAGUUCCACCGCGGGUUUCAAGGAUACCUUGACGGGCGAGCAGAUCUCUCGUGCACAGGCGAUUGCUGAAGUCAGCAAGGUGCAUAGAGAGUCUGCAGUGAAUAUCCUGGAGAUGAUCUUCGAGACUUUGCAACUUGAUGCCGACACCUUGGUACGCAUGCAUCUUCUGGAGAGGUUAGACUCGGAACUGGAGAGGUCCAAGACUUUGCUACUCGAACACUCCAAAGGACUUCUGAGUAGCGAUUUAGCAGAGCUAAGAAUUCAGAAAUCAGAGAAGAAGGCCAUCCUGGACAAGAUCGCCAGGAAAAACACCACCUUCACGCGAGAGAUUGCCACGUUGCGACAAAGGCUCCGCGACUUUCCUGAGGGCAACGCUUCAUGCGUUGACAGGAUCUUGAAGAGUGCUUCAGAGUCCAGCCGUUUGCAGGAGUUUGGGCGUCAUAGUCAAGCGUGCAUGUUGACCAUUUUGGAGCUGAAGCUGAACUCUGUGUUCUCCUUUCCCUUGGGGAAGAAGCCAGAGCCAGAAGCUCAGGCUACGAAACCUCAAUCAAGGGUGGAGAACAGCUUUUUGAAGGAGCGUGUGGGCAGAUUGGAAGAGCAGGUGGAUAUGUUGGCCGACCAAAUUGCAGCGGUGCAGCGGCAACGCGCGGUGUUACUCGCUACCAAGGAGAAGCUGGAACAAGACCUGGACGACCUUCGAAGCUGGGCAUGGAGCUCCGAGCUCCUCUAUGUCGCAACGUACCAACCUGAGCCGCAGCUCGAGAUAUGGCGGCUGAUGCUGCCGGUGCCAUGGGUGCCAUGUGCCGUGCUGGUGCUAUGCACCAGUUUUGAAACUGAGAAUUCCGGCUCCAGGGCCAUUAACACUGUGCCAUGCUGUACCCAACAGGAGCCCGAAGUGGCUUUGCCAGCAGGUGUGACAGCCGGACAGGCCAUGAUCUCAGAGUGGAUCAGCAACGGGGAGGGGAUGGGGAUGGACACCCAUGACCCAACGCAUUGGGCAACUUGUGGAUUGAGUGAGACGAGUUUUCGAUGCGAGGCCCCUCAAGUGCUGAAGUUGACGGAGGAGCAGAUCAAGCAGUUUGAGGAAGAUGGUGUCAUCAUGAUCAAAGGUGGCAUGAAGGCCUGGGUGGAAUACCUUCAGAAGGUCACCGAGGAUCAAAUUGAGAAGCCUCACCUUUGGACCCUGUCGCGGGCCUCAAACACCAUGGCAGUGAAGGCGGACCUGGUGAAUCCACCCCAUGGAAGCAACGACCCGGCCCCUGUGGCUGGUUCAGUGGCGAGUGGUCCUGGGCAGUUCCGGAACUACACGGCCGACACACGAUACACGGAGAGCGAUCCCUUGAGACAUGGCCUGGAUGUGAAACAGGUGGCUGCCACGCCGUUUGCGAUGGGCCCCAAGUCUAAUCCAAGUUCUCAGACUUCGAGCUUUCGCACCUUGGACAUCUCCAAGGCAAAUGAGGGCAGACAGAAUUGGACUCGAAUAGAUACCUUUUUGACUCCGUCCGGUCAUGCCCAUGACGAUGAGUUUGGCCGGUCUCCUCAACGAAGACCUACGAGCCGCUCUCGAAAUGAGGCCAGCGCCAAAAGCUUGGCGCAGGACGUGUUCAUCACCGACCUGUCGGAGAAGUUCGCCGAGCUGCGACGGCAGAUCCAGGAGGACACCCAGCGCCUCUUGCAGCCCAUGCAACAUGAGCUGGACUCUGAGAUCUCCAAGACCAAAGAGAUUGUGCAGACAGUCCGCACUGACAAUCUCAAGGCUGUCGAGGAAAUCAGGCGUUUGCGAUCAAUGGAGCAGCACAAACAGCUGCUACAAGCAUAUCCGACCCCAAUCGACAAGGAUGUGUUUGAGACAGAGAUCAAACGCGUGACAGAGGCGAUUGAAGGCUUGUCUGAUGCUGUCGCUUCGGUCAAGGAGGAGGUUUCUUCCAUGAAGGAAGCGAACGAUGUGCUGCCCCCAAGCAGAGGCAUCAGCUUUCGCCGAGGUCGCAGUCCUACUGAGGCCGCCCAUCUUGCGGUUCCAGGCAACAGCAACCUGGAUGACACGCUUCAAUCCAUUCGAGAUGUUCUGUCAGAGAUGGAUUUCACGGACAUGUUGAAUGACAUCAAACGAUCCAUUCCCGCGGACGAAUUCAGAAUGGCUCUAACCAUGGUCCAGGAGCAGAUGGUGGAAGUGUUCAAACAACUGCGUGCUGUACAGGAGGAGGUGCAGAAUCGACCGAAUGAGGUGGACUUCACACCUGUUCUCGAUGCCUUUGCUAGCAGCCCACUCCAUGACAUCUUAGAGGUCAAAUCUUCCCUGGAGCAAGCGAAGGUAGAUAUGGCGAAGAACACAGAGCACCUGGCUGCCCUGUGGUCGCAGCUGCCGCCUGUUGACUUUGCACCGGUUUUCGACUGCGUCAGAGCCAAUCGAGUCGAAGUGGACAUGUCACCUGUGCUGACAGCGGUUCAGGAGGUGAAUGUGAAAGAGAAUAUGCAGCAACAAUUUGGGGAAAUUUUGGCGGAGAUCAAUCACCGACAAAGCAAUCUCGACUUUUCUGAAUUGUUGGAGUCUAUCAAAGCAUCGAAAAUGAAGGUGGAUUUCAAUGGGGUAAUUGCGAGCAUCAACGACUCGUGCGAAGAGGUCGGCAACCUCAUUACAGAGUUGAAACCAUCGCUUUCAAACUUGGAGCAAUCGAAUGCCUCGAUGCUGGAGCGACUUCAGGAGUUGCAACAGGUCCAAGACAAGGGCGUGCUUACUGGCAUCGCAGGUCUCAAAGAUUGGACAGAGCGACUCUCCCAGAAGUUCUCCAUACUGCUGCAAACAAUCAGUGAAAAAGAAGACCAAGAGGUGAAGGUGAAUUUUACUCCGGUGCUGGAGGCUAUAGAACGGAACAAGGUUCAUAUCGAUUUCUCUCCGAUACUGGCAUCAAUCAAGAAGAACUGUGACUUCUCAGACGUGACUGAAGACAUGGCUAGGGUGCUGAAGACCAUUCAGGAGAUGAAAGUGCAAGUGGACUUCACUCCAGUUCUGCGGGCUGUGCGCGAGGGCAAACAGGAGACAGUCUUUGAACUCUUGAGCGCCUUCCGGGAUCAAUGCACUGACAAUGGUGAGCUGAACGACAACAUCGUCCAGUUGCGGGAAUCGACUCAGACGAAUCUCAAACAGUUGAAGGAAAGCAUGGAAAAGGAGUCCAAAGAGGCUCUGACAUCCGAAGUGCUUCGAUCUAUUCGUGAAAAGGAGGUGAGGAUUGACAUCGAGAUCAAGAAAGCCCUGGAGCAGAACAAUGAUCUGGCAGAGAAAGGAGCCUCUGAGAUGCAGGCCAAAUUGGAGGAAGAGCUUCGUUCGCUGCGUGAUUCUGUGACUAAAGAACUCAAACAGAAUGAGACCCGCGGUACAGCCGAAAGUCAGAAACUAGAACAUGCCUUGCGAGCCAUUGAGGUGCGCCCGCAAGUCACCAUGGAUCUGGCUCCCGUCUCAAAGUUGGUGGAGGAGAUUCAGGUCCAGCUUCACCGCAUCGAUCAAACCAAUGUGCAUUUGACCGAGGUUGUCCAGGAACAGGCCCAUGGCCAAGAAAAUCUCCAGGAGGCGUUGGCGGAAGCUUCGGACGCUUCACAAAG